GACGACUGUAUACCCGGUCCUGAGUUUAUCGACUUCUUUGUCUCCAAACACAACACAUAUCCGGAAGACGUGCUCUGUUUGAGAGGACAUCAGUUUUUGGAGCACAAACUCAAUGAACAAAAUCCGUCAAACUUUUGGAUAGAUUACGAGAAUCUGAGAUUUAUUUCGGACGAAAGACCGGAACAGUUGUUGCACUUCAUUCACGCAGACGUCUGUCUCAUCACUAAACAGGCCCUCCAGGAGUGCUCUUCAAUACCUGUUCCCGACUCCAGCUAUGCAUUGGUUGACGACUAUUGGAUGAGUUAUGUCUUGAACCAUAAAUUUAGUCGUAAACUUAGAAAACUCACCACAAGUAAUGUUCCCGAAGACAAUAUUAUCAAACGAACUGAAGACUCGGAUGAGAUUGGAUUAGCUCUGUAUACAAGACCUGAAGUAAUACAAACUAAAGUGAGAGUAUAUAUCCAUCAUAUGCUUCAGGGAUGGCCUCAUUGGGAGAGUAAUAAUGAAAACAACAUUAACUUGGAUGAGAGAGCUAUGAAAGUAUUGACUGAAAAUAAGAAGCGUUUUUGGGAUCAAUUGUUUGUUGGAUUUAAUAUUUCAUCCGAAAUAAGUGCAGAAAGUGUUGAAGUUUUGGCUGAAAUGGGAGUCAAAUGUGCGAGAAUAGGAGCCGUGGGUUUGGGAGAUAAAGUCGACUAUGAAUUCAAGGCAUUCCUCAACGAUAAGGACGAAGAGAUUAAACGAUUGAAACAAACGAUAUCUCUAUUGAAAUCGAAAGGUAUUCGAGUUGUUCUCACUCUUAAGAAUGGAUUGUCUUCUCCAGAGAUUUGGGAAUUCAUUGCAAAGAAUUUGUGUUCAGAGGAAUAUGUGGUCGGAUAUGAUCUCAUUAAUGAACCCUUCACUCAAUUGGAGAGUCAAUACGAGUUUGAAGACAAUGAUCCAGUUUUGGGUGAGUUUGGUAUCAGUCGAGAGGUGUCGGGCGCUCAUCAGUACUUGGACUCAAUUAUGAAGACCUGCAAAACAUAUGCCAUCUCUUCAUUCAUCUAUAGUUUUAGAGAUGAAGAAUGGGAUUCAAUGGACUACGAGUUGGGAACUGAUGUCUCGACCGGAACUCUCAAACAAGAAUUGUCUCAAAAUAUAUUAAUGCAAACUAUUAUGAAUGGCAUUAGAGAUAAUGUUAAGUAA